CCACUCGAUUUGUGUUGGGAUUCCAUUACACACAGACACCUCGAGAUUUGCUAUUUCACACUUGUCACGCAGUUCCAACUUCCACCACCUCCUCUCCUCAUCAAAAAUAAUAAUAAAAAACACGAAAAUGGCUUCGCUAUCUCUUCUCCCAAGCUUUUCCACUCUCAGUUUGGAGUUUCAAUUCUAGGGUUUUAAGAGUUUCAAUUCUUAUUUCUCUCAACCAUGAAGCUCAAUUUCAGUGGGUCCCAUUCCCAGAGCCACACUAUUGCUGGGCUUUUCUUGCUCCUCUUGCCGCUUCUCCUCCCCAAUCUGUUCGGCCCACUGGGCCGUGCCUCUCCUUCCAUGUUCUCUGAAUGGAAUGCUCCAAAACCUAGACACAUGGCUUUACUACGCGGAGCUUUACAGCGACAAACUUCAGUUCAACAGCAGAGUAGACUCUGGUCUCCCUUGGCUAACCAAGGAUGGAAGCCGUGUGCUGAGACUUCAAAAGUACCAUUGCCGGAAAAAUCUAGGGGGUAUAUCCAGGUGUUCCUUGAUGGAGGAUUGAACCAGCAGAAGAUGGGGAUAUGUGAUGCAGUUGCUGUUGCCAAAAUUUUGAAUGCAACCCUGGUUAUUCCACAUCUAGAAGUGAAUCCUGUAUGGCAAGAUUCAAGUUCAUUCACAGAAAUAUUUGAUGUUGAUCAUUUUAUUGAUGUACUACGUGAUGAAGUUUCUAUAGUGAAAGAUCUACCUAGUGAGUAUUCUUGGAGCACAAGGGAGUAUUAUGGUACAGGCAUUCGAGCUACUAGAAUCAAAACAGCUCCUGUUCAUGCUACAGCUAACUGGUAUCUGGAAAAUGUCUUGCCUGUAUUGGAGAGUAAUGGAAUUGCUGCUAUUGCUCCAUUCUCUCAUCGAUUGACUUUUGAAAACCUGCCUGCAAACCUUCAGCGUCUACGUUGUAAAGUCAACUUUCAAGCACUAGCUUUUGUUCCGCAUAUCAGAGCAUUGGGAGACACCCUUGUCAAUCGCCUCCGUUCCUCUCCCAACAAAAACCAAGCAGCACAGACUAAGUACCUACUGCUGGGAAGAGAUCAGAUCGGGAAACAGAACGCUGGGAAAUUUGUUGUAUUACAUCUUCGCUUUGAUAAGGAUAUGGCUGCUCAUUCAGCUUGUGAUUUUGGUGGGGGUAAAGCCGAGAAACUGGCUCUUGCAAAAUACCGGCAGGUGCUUUGGCAAGGAAGGGUCCUAAACUCUCAGUUCACUGAUGAGGAGUUGCGGAACCAGGGACGUUGCCCAUUGACUCCAGAAGAGAUUGGAUUGCUGCUAGCAGCUUUGGGCUUUGACAAUAAUACCCGCCUUUAUCUUGCUUCCCACAAGGUUUAUGGUGGAGAGGCAAGGAUCUCAACUUUGCGCAAGUUAUUUCCACUAAUGGAAGAUAAGAAGAGCCUUGCCUCUGUAGAGGAAAGGGCCAAGGUUGAAGGCAAAGCUUCUUUAUUAGCAGCAGUUGACUAUUAUGUGAGCAUGCAGAGCAACAUCUUCAUUUCUGCUUCUCCUGGCAAUAUGCAUAAUGCUUUGGUGGGACAUCGAGCUUACAUGAACUUGAAGACUAUAAGACCAAACAUGGCACUCUUGGGCCAGCUCUUCCUGAAUAAAAGCAUGGAAUGGUCAGAGUUCCAACGGGCAGUUCUUGAUGGACAUAAAAAUAGACAAGGACAGAUCAGGUUAAGAAAGGAGAAGCAAUCCAUAUAUACUUAUCCUGCCCCUGAUUGCAUGUGUCAAGCUUAAUUGAAUCCAAUCUCACAGAUUUUGACUCCACUUUCUGUAUGUUAUGAUUGCCAAGCACAUUUAUCUGUUUGCGGCUUGUGUAUCAAAAAUAUUUGUGAUAUCGGUUUUCUCAAUAUGUAUAGACGUUGAUUUCACUUGAGCUCAUACUAUUUAAGGUUUCACCUCUCCAUGCCAGUCAAUAAACUAAGUGUUCUCUCUCC